AUGACCGAGCUAGAGAAGUCGUUGCUGACAAUCGUCCGUGUGGACUACUGCCUAUCGGAGAACGGGAAGGCCCACCAUACCUCGCGCUACGAGGUGUCAAAUCGGCCUAGCGACGAAGCUCUGCUGGUGGUGCGUCGUGGUCAGUCCUUUGUCCUUGACGUGGCGGUAUCGAGGAACUACGAUCCUAAGAUCGAUGGCAUGUCCAUGGUCUUUACUCUCGAUGGGGUCAAGAAGCCGCGCUGCGGGCACGGGACCCUCGUCAUAUCACCUGUCUUGCAACCUAACGAGGUGCCCGACGGUGCAUGGCAAACUAUCGUCCAGUCCUACCAGGGAAACUCGCUCAGGAUCACCGUUACCCCAGCAGCAAAUGCUAUCGUUGGAAUGUGGCGUAUAGAGAUCAAUACGGAAGGACAAGACGCCAAGGAUUAUGUGAAUUUCAAGGUUGACAAGUCGUUUUACAUGAUAUUCAAUCCUUGGCACCAAGAGGACUUGGUAUACUUGGAAAACGAGUCGGAGCGCCAGGAAUACGUUUUGGAGGAGACGGGCCUGAUAUGGAGGGGUACUGGCAACCAGAUGAGCUCGUACGUCUGGAAGUACUCGCAGUUUGCAACGGACAUACUGGACUGUGCUCUCCAUUUGGUAACGAAUGUUGGAAACGUCCAGAUCUCCGCUCGCAACGAUCCCAUCGUCAUCACGCGCGUUUUGUCAGCUGCUGUCAACUCGCCAGACGACGAAGGGGUAUUGAUGGGAAAUUGGACGGCAGAUUAUAGAGGUGGAAAGUCACCAACCUAUUGGGUUGGUUCGCAAAAGAUCCUCCAGCACUACUACCUGACAAAGACGUCAGUCAAGUAUGGCCAAUGUUGGGUCUUUGCUGGUGUCCUCACAACAGUUUGCCGAGCUCUGGGCUUACCCUGCCGACCAGUUACGAACUACGAGAGCGGACACGACACGGAAAACAGCCUUACGAUGGAUUACUUUGUUGACGAAAACGGCAAGAUGAUGGAAGAACUCAACAGUGAUUCAGUAUGGAACUUCCAUGUCUGGAACGAAGUGUGGAUGAAGAGACCGGAUCUGACGGCUGACUGCCAUGGCUGGCAGGUGAUCGACGUCACGCCCCAGGAACUGAGCAAAGGCAACUACCGCCUGGGCCCAGCUUCCGUUGCAGCUAUCAAGCGGGGUGAGAUUCAGCGACCCUACGAUAAUGCCUUCGUUUUUGCCGAGGUCAAUGCCGACAAAGUCUUCUGGAGAUACAACGGACCCUCUCAGCCGCUCAAGCUUGUGAGGAAGGAUACCGAUAGCAUUGGACAGAAAAUAAGUACGAAAGCAGUCGGCAAAUGGGAGCGUGAGGAUAUAACGGACUCGUACAAGUAUCCAGAGAAGUCAGGCAAAGAACGAAUGAGCAUGUACAAGGCGUUGCAACAGAGCCAGUCACGUUUCAGCCGUUACCAUUCCAACGAAGAGUUUAACGACAUUAUGUUCAGUUUAGAGCUGAAGGACUACAUCAUGAUCGGCCAGUCAUUCAGUGUUGUGCUGAUCAUGAAGAAUUACAGCAACACGCAAGCUUAUGAGGCAUCAGUGAAACUGCGCGUGGAAGUCGGAACAUACAUAGGUCAGAUGGGUGAUUUAGUUAAACUGUUGAACAAAGAGUGUUCCAUCAGACCUGGUAAGAAGUACAAGGAGCGGUUCGAGGUAUCCUGGGAGGACUACGGGCCACGGAUACUCGACCAGGGCAUCUUCAGAAUUUCCUGCCUCGCUACUGUCAAGAACAUCAAUUACGACUAUUUCAUACAGGACAAUUUUUGCGUCAGGAAACCUGAUAUUGUUAUCAAGUUGGAGAACGAGCCGCACGCGAAUGAGCUGCUCAAGGUAACAGCUCGAUUCACGAACCCGCUGCCAAUUCCCUUGAGACGGGGCAAGUUCCGUAUCGAGGGUCCGGGAUUGCGGGAGCAGUUGAAGGUCAAACUCGCCGAAAACGUGGGGGUCGGUUCCGAGGCGGUCUGCCGGUUCUCGAUGUACCCCGAGUUCGAGGGUAGAGCCACGAUAGCCGUGAAAUUUUACUCCAAAGAACUCGACGACGUCGACGGUUUCAUCGAUUUUGUAGUACAACCCGUGCCACAUGUGAUGCCAGUGUAG